AUGAGUCUUCCUCAUGGUCAGUUCAAUACGGCACAAAUUACAAUAUCUAGAGACCAGUGGAAUUCCUCCCGUGGUCCGCAGAAGUGUUUUGUCGGUCCACGGGAAAUUUGCUUUGGCACAAGAAAUGAAUCCAAGGAAGAAAUGAGCCAAAUAGCCGCCUUCACAGCCGCCAAAAUGGCGGCCAAUGUGGCGGCUGUGAAGGCGGCUAUUGAUGAAAAUGGCGGAAUUGCAUUGGAUGACUUGGAGGCAACCCUUAGAAAGCAUGCCAAGUUGAUUUCAAAAAUUCUGAAGGGAAAGCUGGGCUACAACAAAAAAAGGGCGCCUCAUCUUUCGAUGUAUUCUGUCACUAGGAAGAAACUUUCGAAACGUGUUGUGAUGCCUUUGUUGUGUUGUUGUCAGGUAGACGUCAUUUUGUCGUGCCCUGUCUGCCAUGACGUGGGAUUCAAAGAUGCCGAAGCGUUGAAUAUCCAUGUUAAUCGGCAUUUCGGUGAUACGGCUAGAAUGGAUGUUGCCCAACCAAGUGCUUCGAAUCCAACACGUGAAAUGGAAGAGAACGGGAGAGUUUCUAAGAGGACCAGUUCGCCUUCUCUGCCUGCAAGUUCUUUCGCAAAGCGACGAAAAUUUGAAAACGAAUCUGCUUCAGGAGACGUGAGAGUUGAGAGAGCUUUAAAUGCUCUUCGCGUGCAGCGGAAAGACCACCUUUUAUCGCAAAUGCAAAAAGGAUCUUUGUCAUAUGUUGACUACCACAUGCAGGUCAUUCACGGAUCCAGGGCUGACAUAAUAGGCAUUGACGACGAUUACUCGCGUACAGCAGGGUUAUCGGAAAUGGUGUUGGGGAUGUGUAAACAAAUAGAUGCCACGGCUCAAACCUUGAUUGCUCCUCAUGUGGAUCAUUUUUCUGUGACAUUCCAUGAUCGUGGAUGGGGCUGUGGCUACAGGAACAUUCAAAUGAUGUGGUCAGCCUUGAAUCACAAUCCGGUGUACCAGCACGUUCUGAAGAGUGUUGUGGGCAUUCGCGGUGCCGACGGUUUCAAUGAAAAUCAAAUCAAGGAAGCCGUGCCGUCAGUUAUCCGGUUGCAAGAGCUAAUUGAGAAGGCCUGGGAAGCUGGGUAUGACAUAGAUGGCGGACUUCAGCUCGGAAUGAAGCUCGUUGGAGGCAGUACUUGGAUUGGGGCGACUGAAGCCUACUCUUUGUUCGCAUCGCUCGGAAUCAAAUGUCGUCUUAUAGACUUUUGGAAGGCGUCGGGUCCGAACCGGACGCACCCGGAAUUGUUCUCCUUCCUCGAACGGUACUUUACGGAAACGGCGGACCCGAAGGCGCCGGUGUAUUUACAAGAGCACGGCCACUCGUUGACCAUCUCAGGUUUCCAGCGGCGGCGCAACGGCCGUUCUUACGCCAUCGUAUUUGACCCGGGCCACCGAGCCCAGGAGACUAUGCAGAUUUGUAGGCGGGUGCGACGUUCUGCAGCUGCCAAAAGUACGCCGUCGGAUGAAGCCGCCGCAGUGUUGUCGCCGCUUUUUCGAGGCAUCAAUUACUUUAAGGCGGCGCAGUAUCAGCUCCUUGUUCCGAUCCGAGUCGCCUUCUCACAACAGGAACAGCAGAGAGGUCGCGGCGUGGACUGA